ACAUUUUGUUCGCCCGUACAAAAAACCAACAAAGUCCAGUCAUAUUCUUGUUGUUUUUUUUCGGCAAAUUAAAAUAUUUAAUUAAUACUUCAAUGCAAUAUUGUGUGUUUCUAAAGUUUAAAUAAAGAGUUUCCUAAAAAAUAUCAACUAAUUCUACUAAGUUUUUAAGAGAACUUCAAUUACUGUAAUUAUUGUUUUAUCCUAAAAUAUAGGUUUAGCAAUGUAUCGGCCUAGUACUAUCUACAAAUAACUUUCUACCAUCCAUAUUAUGUCCCACGAAAAUGCAGAUGAUAUUCGAAUAGCAGCUGAAGCCAUCUAUAACAACACCCGCCCAAUGAAUCAUCGUGGAGUCUAUCAACCACAAUUCGAUUACAAUCGACACCAUGCAGUUAAUCUUAUUUCAGAAGAUUUUCUUGGUGGCUUCAUGCAAGAUGGACGCAUGUCGGUUGUUCGAAGAUUCUUCUGUUUAUUUGUGACAUUCGAUUUAUUCUUUGUGUCUUUGCUUUGGAUAAUUUGUAUUAUGCUCCACGGUGGAACUAUAUUCGAUGCCUUCCACAAGCAAAUAAUACACUACACAAUCUAUACAUCGCUUUUUGAUGUUGUUGGAACGGCUAUUUGUCGAUUUGUUGUCCUGGUACUGUUCUAUGGACUGUUUUACAUGAACCACUGGUCAAUUAUUGCUCUGUCAACGACUGCUUCGUGUGCAUUCCUUAUCUCCAAAGUGUUCUUUUUCGAUUGGGUACAUUCACCAGAGCCUGUUUUUGGAGUUGUUCUUGUUUUAACAUCGUUUGUGUUGUCGUGGGGUGAAGCGUGGUUCUUCGAUGGCAGAGUUAUACCCCUCGAACGACACGCAAGGAGUUACCUUGCAGCUAUAUCAUCAAAUGAUCGUUCACCACUGAUAGCUCCUCUUUUGGCUUCUGAGGUUGAACAACCACCACCACCAGAAAGUGUGUUCUACUCCCCUUUCGAUACGGGGCACAAUAGUGAUGAGGAACAUGAACAGGAUGAAGACUACCGACAACAGGGGUUGGAUUGUGUGCGCAAAGCUUAUCAACUUCUAAAAGCUACUGAUUGGAAAGUGGAAAAAGUAACACAAAAGAAUGAUACCAUCCAGAGUAUCCAUCGAGAGAAACUAGGAAAAAUAUACAGAUUAACUGGCCGAAUUAAAUAUCCAGCUAAAGCACUACUAGAUGAACUUUUCUAUAAAAUUGAAAAUAUUCCCAAAUGGAAUCCAACGUUGUUAGAAUCGAAAAUUCUUCGUAAAGUUAACACCUAUACGGACAUCAGUUAUCAAGCUACCACCAGUGGAGGUGGUGGAAUAGUAAAAAGUCGAGACUUUGUCAAUCUGCGCUGCUGGCGGCUGUGUCGUGAUGGCAAAGUAAUCGAAGAUAGCGACAGGGAAGAGUAUAAAGACAAUGAAGACGACGAUGAUGAGAAUAUUUUAACUCAAUCGUGUGAAGGUAGUGUUUCAACACUCUCUGGGGACAAUGACAAUACACCUGGUGACUUGGGUUCAAGCUCAAAUGUGCCUACUUCUAAAAGUUCUCAGAAAUUAGAAGACAAUAAUAUGUCUCCUCCGACAAAUAGUGAAGGUAAUUUUCGAACUCUAAGCCAGAGUCUUGGAGCGAGAGGCUUUCAGGGACAUUUAGACUUUUCUGAUCCCCCACCAUUGGAAGAUAGUUUCCACGAUGCUGAGGAAACUCCUGUUCCUGAAGUGAAAAAACAAAAUGAGCAACCGAAGGAAAAUGAUAAGAUCUAUGUUAGUGCUGCUAUGAGCAUCGUUUAUCCUGGUAUGCCACAAAUUCCUAAAUACACAAGAGGUGAAAAUCUAGUAUCUUGUUGGGCUAUGCGUGAAGUUGAGGGCAAGCCUGAUGUAUGCAUUUUCGAAUGGCUCUUGUGUCUAGAUCUCAAAGGGUACAUGCCGCGUUAUGUCUUGGACAAUACAUACACAACAUUCAUGACAGACUAUAUGCUAUAUUUGCGCAAAUAUGUUUGUGAACUUCGUGAAAAACGAAAAAGAAGUGCCUCCCAUCAUCGGUAUCCUAUUAUUGAAGACGAUUAAAGUAACACUUCUUGUAAUACACUUUAAAGGAACUAUUUAAAAGUUAAAACAUUAGCAGGAAGUGUUUGUGUUCAUGAGCAUAUUUUAUAACAAAAAAAAAAACAUUUUUAAGCGAUAUUAUUAUUACUUUGUUUAUAGAUGUGUACGUAUAAUGUAAUCCUGCAAUAUGAAAUGAUAAAGUGUGGGUGCUCGCUGUUUCAUUAAGAUAAAAAGAAACCAAUCAAAUUGGAAACACAAUUAUAAAUAAUAUGAGUUAACUAGCAUCGCAAGUAGGAACAAGAGUAUUCUUUUUAUACUUUAUUAAAUACAUUUUAUUUUAUUUGAGGUGUAAAAAUUUAAAGAAAAUCCUUUUUUAAUGAAUAAAAAUAAUGCUUUUAUAAAAAAAAAU